GAGAGAGAGAGAGAGGAAAAAGAAAAGAAGGCUAGGAGGCAUUAUGAAUUUGGAGAAUUGGGAGCAGUAAUUACAUUUUCACCACCACAGCCAUGGACGACGAUGAAUUUCGACGCCUACUCGAUCUCUUCCCUAUCGUCCGAUCUCGCCACUACCAUGGUGAAUCAGAACAAUCUAGAGAAUCAACUUCUAAGUCACCACAGCAUGAAGCGCUUAAAGGGUGGCAGGAUGCAUGGGAUGAGGAUAAAAGUGAAGUGGAGAAGCAAGGAAUUGGCGAACAUUGUGAAUUCUGGGGGAAGAUAAAGUUGGUUGCUGAGAGAAAGGUGGGUGCUACAGAAGCGGAGAGAUUUUGCAAGGCGUUUCAACGGAUUCAUAAGAGACUUGUCUGUGAAGGACUCAGUUUGGAUGCUGCCCAAAAAUUCCUGAACUUGUCGUGAUCUGUACCAUAGAUUCUGUGUGCUUUUGUACAUUUACAUACUUUUGUGUAUGGUGAUUAGAAGCUUUUUCCUUCCUCUUCCUCCAAGGAAACUCUCGUGUCAAGGAGUUUCCGGCGACCACCCCCCUUUGAUAGACAACUGAGAUUAGACCCUUGUGAUUGUAUGAACUUUGUUAAACCAUUCUUACCUGAGCUAAUAGGCGAUUGUUGUUGGGAUUGUUUUGGACCUUCACAAGUGACAAGUUUACCUGUAAGUAUAAUCGUGGUUUUCCA